AGUAGACGGAAAAAGGAAGAGAGCGACGUCUUCUUCAGGUAUCUUUCCAUCUUACGAACCAUCAAUGGCGACAGAGUCCCCGAGCUCUGUUCGUAAAGUUGUUGUUCAUCUAAGAGCUACUGGAGGUGCUCCUAUACUCAAACAAUCUAAAUUCAAGAUUCCGGGGACUGAUAAAUUUGCUAAAGUGAUCGACUUUUUAAGAAGACAACUUCAUUCUGACUCAUUGGUAAGAAAACACAGCUUCUUCUUUAUGUGUAUGGAUCCUUUAAAAGCCUUGACAGUUUUCUUUGUUUGUAAGUUUGUCUAUGUGAACAGUGCUUUCUCGCCAAACCCUGAUGAAUCAGUAGACGAUCUAUACAAUAACUUUGGCUUUGAUGGUAAACUGGUGGUUAACUAUGCUUUUUCAAUGGCUUGGGGCUAAAGGCGCGUACUACGGUAUUCUCAAGCCGCGGUGAAGAUAGAUCCUCGCUUUGUUGGAAAGAUGACUUUCAAAUGGAAGUUUCUGUACAUAAUCUAGCGUUGGAAUUGAUAAUUUCUUACUCUAAAUACUACAUGUACACAAUGACAAAAUCAAACUUCAAAGAAAUUAGGUUUUAAUCUCGUAUGUGUAUUUUUGUUGAGCUCGUGUUGAGAUUCAAAAUUAGGAAACAGAGAUUGUUA